AUGGCGCCCACCGCCUCCUCCCCGCGUGAGGCGAGCGGGGACGGUCACGUGACGGCAACCAUAGAGACGCGGGGGCGGGGCUUCGCGUCUCUAUGGUGGCGGGGCCGGUUGAGAGCGCUUCCGGGUCGACUCGGGGGCAGCUGCGCGCGCGCGCUUCCGGUUUCGUUGCUUUCCACCCCCCUCCCCCUUCGCAGUCCAGGCGCGGUAAGCGCGAAGAGGCGCCGGGAGGAUCUCCGCCCUGACGCCGCCGCCGCCGCCGUUGCCAUGAGCUUCCUGCAGCCUCUCGCGGCGCCUACCGAGGGGGUCCGGCUUCGGCAGCCCGACACGGAGGCCGUGCUGGGGGGACGAGGCCUGGGCACCGGGAGCCUCUACAUCGCCGAGAGGUGAGAGAGAGAGAGAGAGAGAGAGAGGGAGGCCGGCAUCUGCUGGGAGGCUUCAGGGGCUUCGCCUGCGGAACUCCCUGCCACAAGGCGCGGGGAUAACAGAGAAAAGCGGCUGGAGAAAUUCACGGGGACGGGCGAGAGGGGCCCGUUAUUCUGGACGGAGCCUCCCCGCUCAGAAACAGUCUACCUUCGAGGCUCUGCUGUGACGGGCAAGCCAUGGGAGAGCUUUCCUGCUCUGAGGUUGCUGUUUUUUUGGCGGGAGUGCCUUCCUGGCUUUAGCCGGCCAGGGAACGUGGACCAAAUGCACUCUUGGGGCUCUUUAUUACGCCGAGGGCGCUUGCUUACAUGUAGGAAUAUCGUUGCGAUUAAUGCAUGUGGUUCUUUUUCCCUGACGGGGAGUCAGUGCUGCUGACAGACGAAAAUAAGAACAGCUAAAAAAAGUGGGGGUGGAGGAGCAACAGUAAUAAUGCCACAAACAGACGUUAAUAGAAAUAAAAUUAUAUAUAAAUACAAAAUGUCUAUUACAAACAGUGGUUUUUGGAAACACACCGUGUAGGGGGGAAAGGGUUUAAAUAGCUGGACAAUAUAUACCAGAAAAUGAGACACAAACAAUAAGAGAUGAGUGCCCUUCACGCCCUGGUUUUGAAUCUCCUAGUUCCCCACUGUAGUUCCCCACCUAGACUUUUGGUUUGGUCCAGUAGGGCUCAUCCUUCAGUAAUGGUGCAGAGUUAAAAAUAUGCUGAUACGCAUGCCUAGGAUUUGGUAGGUCCAAGGAGGCUGGUAGAUGCUAGAUCGCAGGGCAUACAUGGUCUGGGGUACUUGAUGCAGCAUCCUUGGCUGACACAAAAUUAGUUUGUUCCUGUUGGGGUUUGGGUGGGCAAUGGCUUUGGAACCUAAUGAAUACUGCUAUUUUCACCUUAACCAACCUGGUGCCCUUCAGAAGUUUUAGACCACAGCUCCCAUCAGCCCCAGCCAGUGCAGCUGAGAUAUUAUCAGUGUGAGAGAUAGCAGCUGGGGGUGUGCAACAGAAUGUCUUCCCCAUCCUAUCCUCCUUAAACCUUUACCUGUUGUGCUGUUUUGGGAUGAUAGUGGGUUUCAUCUCUGAACCCCAUUGCUAGUGUAUGGGAGAGGGAAUAGUAUGGGGUAGGUUUAUUAACCAGGAUACUGUAAACUGUCAAACACAUGCUGUGACCUUUUUCCUUCACUAACACUUUCAACAUUUUAUAGUUCGGCUGCCCCCAGUCUGCAGUAGUCUGAAUUUCUGGAUUUUGACCAUCUUCCUGACUUCUGAUUCCUUAAGUUUAAGCCCUCCCUCCUGCACCCAGGUGGGAGCUGCUCAUAUAGGACAAUGGAGAAAUCCAGGAUUUUAGGACAGCUGUGAUUGGGCAGCAAUGAUAUCUUACACAUCCCUUUGUCCUCCACCCUGACAAGGAAUAGAGGUUAUCAGUGUUCAAGGACUCAGUCCUGACGGCAACAAGACUUGGGUGACAAAGCGCAGGCAGUGUGGGGUGUGGCCUGGGGAGAACUCCAAGGGCCAGAGAGAGAGGUGAUUUGGCCCUCGUGGCUGAGGUUUCCCACCCCUACUUAAUUCCUCAUUCUCCUAGGACACUGGUGGUCCAUAGUAGGCACCUGGCUUGGAAGAAAAAUGGAGCUCCUCUAUGACAUAACUAAUAUUACUUUCAUUUUCUUUGGGUUUCCUCCCCCAAUAGCCGCCUGUCAUGGAUAGAGACUUCAGGCCUUGGGUUCUCGUUGGACUAUCCCAUCAUAAGCUUGCAUGCCAUCUCCAGGGAUCUGAAUGCCUAUCCGUGGGAGCAUUUGUACGUCAUGGUAAAUGCAAAGUUUGAAGGUACGGAAGAGAGACGGUCUAGUGAAGUGGCCGAGGCAUUGGGUUCAAAUCUCUGCUGCAUCAUGAAGUUCGCUGGGUGGCCGUGGGCAAGCCAUGAGGUUUCAGCCUAGCUUACCUUGCAAGGUUGCUGUGAGAGUAAAAUGGCACCAUGUCUUCCUUUGAUGCAACCAGCUUGAUGGCAGAUAAAUAUGACUAAAAGGAAGGAAAGUAAGUAGCAUAGGCCUUAACAUUUAUUAGUUUAUUAGCAAAAUCUAUAUACCGCUUGAUUGUGGUAAAACCGCUAAGCUGUUUACAGGCAUCCAGCUAUUCCAGGCUUUUCUUGGCUUAGUGUUAAAAGGUCUUCAUCUUUUUUUAAAGCAGCACUGGACACUUGAGGAAAUAACCCAUGAAAGACAACAUCCCCCCUCCCCUUGUGAGUGUUCUCCUCCGGUACUUAUGACAACUCUUAGAAAAUUCAUUCACUUCCCAUCCUGCAGCUCAGAAGUAGAGAAUGCUUAGCAUGGAGUGUGGCAUUUGCUUCAGAAUUCAAUUUCCUGGGGUGAAUUAGUUUCAAUUUUUUAAAAAAAACAAAUUUCUAGACCUCAUGGUUCUUUUCAUGUUCGCAGUGCCUUGUGAAAUCUCACAAGCCCAGGGCUACUAAAUCAUGUUUCCAGUGUUCUUGGUCAAGAAUUUCAUAGUUCCACGUUCUUCAUGGUAACCAGCAGAAAGAAGUAGGCUGUGCAAAUUUCCAUGCCUGUGCAGCUGAUCUUUAUACUCUGAUGAACUGCUUUCAAAUGUUUAAAAUGAUAUUGAUCAUUCUUCAGUUAGCAUUAUUUCAGAUAACUUGAUAACACAACUGUGUUUGAAUUCCUUAGUAGAAGAAUCAAAAGAAGAUGGCAUGGGAGAAAAAGAGGAGGAGGAGGAGGAAGAGGAGGAGGAUGGCAGCAAUGAUGAUCUUGAGCCCAUUUCAGAAUUCAGAUUUGUACCCAGCGACAAAUCAGCCUGUAAGUAGGAAGAACAGCACAGCUUCCAUGGCUAGAAUAAUGGUGACCAGGUUGCUGUUGUGAAGUGGGAUUGCUUCUGCACUCAAGAUGAUGGAGCAGGGCCUGGGAUUACCAACUUACUUCCAGAGGCAACCUUGCUCUUCACAGCAAGUGUUGGAAUGUGGUACCUUUGGAUGUGAGCACGAUCCCUCAUUCCAGCAUAACUUGCUCCUAUCAGGAGUAUCUCAACAGAAGCUUAAUCCAGAACCAGAGGGCUACGUAUAACAUCCAUCGUUGACUUGUGGGUGUGGCCAGCUGAACGAAUCUCGAGUAGUUCCUUCAGAUUGUUUGCUAGCUGUUCUGUUUUGUUUGUGCCUGCAAGGUUCUGCUUAUGAGCUUCCCACUGAGGCAUGUGGUUGGCCACUGUGAGAACAGGAUGCUGGACAAAAUAAUAAUAAUAAUAAUAAUAAUAAUAAUAAUAAUAAUAAUAAUAAUAUUUAUACCCCGCCCUCCCCAGCCAAGACCGGGCUCAGGGCAGCUAACAACCAAUAAUAAAAACAUGUUGAUUAAAAUAUAAUUUAAAAAACAAGAUUAAAAUACAACAUUAAAACAUUAGGAUGCAGCCUCUUCACAGGAGGAGAAAGGAAAAAGAAAGGGGGGGAGGGAAUCAAACUGAUUCUAAGCCAAAGGCCAAGUGGAACAACUCUGUCUCACAGGCCCUGCGGAAAGAAAUCAGAUCACGCAGGGCCCUGGUCUCAUGAGACAGAGCGUUCCACCAGGCCGGAGCCAGUGCUGAAAGGGCCCUGGCUCUGGUUGAGGCUAAUCUGACAUCCUUAGGGCCCAGGACCCCUAGGGUGUUGCUAUUUAUGGACCUUAAGGUCCUCCAUGGGGCAUACCGGGAGAGGUGGUCCCGUAGGUACGAGAGUCCUAGGCUGUGAAGGGCUUUAAAGGUGGGCCAUUGGUCUGAUCCAGCAGGGCUCUUAUGUUCUUAUUCGUCCAUGUCCAUUUUAUUUGAUUGCCAGUGAACAAAUUGUGCAUUUCUCUCUGUGUGUUUUCCCCCAGUGGAAGCCAUGUUCUCUGCCAUGUGUGAAUGCCAAGCCCUGCACCCUGAUCCCGAAGACGAAGACUCUGACAACGAUUACGAGGGUGAGGAAUACGACGUGGAAGCCCACGGUAAGAGGGCUGUGGUGGGUUCCUUUAAUUUUCAGAGAACAUCCAUAUGGCAUAGAAUAGGCCACAAUUUUGGUCAGCUUUGUGUGCUUCCAAAGAUGAAAAAUUAGGCAAAACUAGCUUUGAACCAGUAGACUCAUAUGCUGCUGGACUCCCUACAGCACAAAGUGGUUUAUAACAAUUGCAGAAAUAAUUUAGCACGAGGAAUGGGAAUUUCAGUAAACACACAUACAUAAUGCAAACAGUUGGACAUUUGAUACUUAGCAUUAAUUAUAUUACUGAAGUAGCUGUUCAAAAGAUUUUUUUUCUCCAAGAUAAAUUAAUGGCAGCUAUACCUUAUGCACCUAUCUGCUCUAGUGUUAGCUAGCAAUUUGGGUUUUAUUUGUUUGUUGCAGAAAUUGGCCAAGGUGACAUCCCAUCCUUCUACACUUACGAAGAAGGCCUGUCGCGUUUAACUGCUGAGGGUCAGGCUACUCUGGAGAGGCUAGAGGGCAUGUUGGCACAAUCUAUAAGCACUCAGUACCACAUGGCUGGGGUACGGACAGAAGAUUCCAUCAGAGACUUCGAAGGUGAGUUUUAAUCGUCCGCUGCUGUGCGGACACUCAGUUGGAUGUGCAGCUUAUUCCUCUCCCUGCAGCCUGGUAUUAUUACAAGGUAAAGUAAGCUUCUUAUAGCCACAUUGGAGCCAAUGGGUUGGAUUUUGCCAUAUUUUGCCUCAGCCGAGGGCCUUCUGGUGGUUCCCUCACUGUGAGAAGUUAUCUCCCGCUUGGACUACUGCAAUGCGCUCUACGUGGGGCUACCUUUGAAGGUGACCCGGAAACUGCAACAAAUCCAGAAUGCGGCAGCUAGACUGGCGACUGGGGGUGGCCGCCGAGACCAUAUAACACCAGUCCUGAAAGACCUACAUCGGCUCCCAGUACGUUUCCGAGCACAAUUCAAAGUGUUGGUGCUGACCUUUAAAGCCCUAAAUGGCCUCAGUCCAGUAUACCUGAAGGAGUGUCUCCACCCCCAUCAUUCAGCCUGGACACUGAGGUCCACCUCUGAGGGCCUUCUGGCGGUUCCCUCACAAUGAGGUUACAGGGAACCAGGCAGAGGGCUUUCUCAGUAGUGGCGCCUGUCCUGUGGAAUGCACUCCCAACAGAUGUCAAGGAAAUAAACAACUAUCUGACUUUUAGAAGACAUCUGAAGGCAGCCCUGUUUAGGGAAGUUUUUUUAAUGUUUAAUGCUGUAUUGUGUUUUUAAUAUUCGGUUGGAAGCUGCCCAGAGUGGCCCAGAUUUCAUUGUUCCGCAAUUGCAUUGUUCCGCAAGGGACAAUGACAAUAAAGAUAUCGUAAUCGAUGGGUGGGGUAUAAAUAAUACAUCAUCAUCAUAAUUAUUACUAUUAUUUAUUUGAAAGGAGCUUGUUGAGGCUUGAGCUCAGAGUUGGCUAAGCUGUCGGUGCACCAUGGCUAUGUAGAGGGGCUGUUGCCUCUAUCUGCUCCAGUUAAAGGACUGGCUGCCUUUAGGUUUUGCUGCAUCCCAGGCUGCCUCUGCUAGCAUUUUUAAAAGCUCAGAGUCUGAAUCCCAGCUGUUCAUCCUUCAUCCUUCUGUACACAGACUUAUUUGGAAAAACACUCUUAGGUAAUCCUGUCAAGACUGGACACGACAAUAGUGUGUGAGAUUUAUGGUGUGUUACAAAGAAUCUCCUUUUUUUAAUGACAUGAAGCACUUUCUUUAUCCGAUUGGGUAUGUUCGCUUGUUUGUAGUAUUUUUGUAAGUUUUUUAAAUAAAGAAAUGCUUACUUUGAGCUCCCGGGGACUGGAUCCGAUCAUGCUUUAGAGGAGUGAAGUCUCUUAUGUAGGUACUUUGUAGCUUCUCUUUCUUGCUUUUAUUGAUUGUUUUGAUCUGUGGUCAGAAGCUGUGCCAAGGUGGUGGAGGGCAGGCUUGGACAAUAUCCUUUCUGGUUCUUCCUUCAAUUUUAUGGUGCUCAAGCCAGCCUUGUCUUUGCAGCAGAGGACACUAGUUGCUUUGUAGUCUUCCUUCAUGUCUCCAAAGGUUUCAGUCCGUUUCUUCCUUUGCUUCUAGAUGGAAUGGAGGUGGAUGCAUCCCCAGCAGUUGCUGGGCAGUUUGAAGACGCAGAUGUUGAUCACUGAGGAGGGUGUGGGCUGCUGUAAGGUUUGCCAUCUUAAUUUCCUCUCCCUUCCAUAUAAAGCAGUUUGGUUUUCCUGAUCUUCUAAUUCAUUAACUUGCUGAAAAAUGCCCAGCUUGCUUAGAUUUCGCCCCACCAGUUCACCCUAUGCUCAAACAGCAUAUAAAGCAGACUUAAUUUUUAAAAAACCUCCUUUUAACUAAUAAAAGUUUUCAUGUGUUAAAUGCUACAUAAUAAGGGCAUGGUGACUUUUGAGCUAAUUCUCUCUGUGCAAUAUCUGAGAUAUCCGGUCUGGGAAUUUAGAUCCCUGAGAAUGGUUUGUUGGUUUUAUCUAGGUGAUGUCUACCCCACAUUAUCACAAAACUAUCACAGGUUACAAUGCAAAAGUAAAAACCACAAUAAAGCAAAAAUGUGCCAUGAAGCUCACCAGGUGACCUUGGGCUGGUUGUUGUCUCUCUGCCUCGCUUAUCUCAUGGGGAGGUUCACGACAAAUGUAUGAGGACAAAACAAGGAAGGUUAAACUUUUAUAUACAGUACCGUAUUUCACCACGUGAUCGUCACAGAUUUUAUGCCAGGUGCACUUUUCCAAAAAGUGGGGUGUCGCCAUUAUGUGAAGCCCUUGCCAGAGCACCAGCUUUCCAAGAGGGGUUUGGGGGCUGUUCAAGCAGCUCAGCCUCCUGUCCUGCCCCAGACCUUGUGCCCUCUGCGUCCUUUGGAGGCGCACAAAGGUUCUGCUGGGGCGGAGAUGGAGGAAGGGGUCUUACUCAGCCACUGCCUCCAUUAACUUGGCUGAGCCAGGGCUGCCUGUUGCUGCCGCCAAGCACUGAGUGGAGGGACUGACUUCUUCUGCUUCCCGCAUCCGGCAGCAACAUCAGGCAGACGCAGGUGCACAGUGCAAGCCACCCCAUAAGCGCCUUGCAAAGUGGGGUCGGCAGCACUGGGCUCGGCAGCCUUGGCACUGCUCCGUGCCUGUUGGCAAUGGCGGACCGUUUGCAGCGAGUUGGCCAAGCCCAGGGAAGAGGCCAAGGCAGCCUGAGAGCUCAUAGCCAAGUUUGCAAAGGGAGCAGGAGUGCCUGUGGCUGGAAGAGGACAGGAAGGGGGGCCUGAGUCCUAGCGGAGCCUCACAAUGUUCCAUGUGACAAUUACGCGAUGAAAGAUAAUUUUUGGGUGCGACUACUGUGCGAUGGUGAUGAUUAUGUGGUGAAAUACGUUAACGCCAACUCAUAAAAUAUCAUUUAUGGCAUUGUUUCUCCCACUCCGGCUGAGUUCCAUUGUCUUUCCCACCCUGUGCUACACCCAUAUACCUUUGUUACUGCUUUUUGUCCUCCUGCUACUCCCUGCCAAGUCUAUAAAGCCAGUUAAAAUAAACACUGGCCAUCACAUAGCCUAGUAUUUAAGUUCUCUUUGUACAUAAUUGUGGGUUUUCCGGCGCUCACCAGAACAGCUCUGGCUCAAAACCAUGCCAAGAGGUCCCUGGUGCGUUGUAGCAGCUUUGCGCUCUGCCCUAUGCUUGCUUCUUUUUGUAAACCAAAACGAAGUCCCCACUGCUGAACCCAUCCAUGUCUUGUCUGUUUUCCAGAUUCUUCUCUCAGCAUUUUCAGAGCAGGCUCUCCAAGCUUGAAGAUGUUAUAUCAGGAAUUGCCCUUUCGGUAUUAUUGACCUAAGUAUGGGUAUUUAGGUCUGUAAAUGCUUUUAUAGAUGUGCUGAUAUAAAACAGGAUUUGACACUGUGGGGCUGGCUUUUUAAAAAAACAUAAGAACUUGAGAAACGUAUAAUACCUUGGGUUUGAAAGGAGGGAUUAAUCAUGGGUUAUUACAGGAAAGCCUUUACAGAAAUGAUAGAGAUUAAAGAAUAAAGUUGUACUUAGAACAGAAUUCUAGAUUGUCCUAGAAUUUCCCCCAUAUUUUUGUGCCUGUUUAUCCACAGCUGACGAUGUCUGACAUGAGCGUUAACUUUGGUUUAGCUAAAGAGGCAAGAGGUACGGUGGGGCCGCAGAGACAAACAAAUUGUAAAAACCCUUCAAGGGAUUGGCUCAUUCCAUUGGACGCUCUUGCUUUCUCAUGGUUUUAGUGGCCCGGUUUGGCGUCGGGAUGGCAUCUGUAUUGCCCCCAGAUGGUAAACUUCUUACGUUUUUGUUAUAAAUAAAAUGGUUCAAUAAAUAUAAUUUUUGUAUCUUACAGACUA